AUGAACAAGCUGUACAUUGGGAACCUAAACGAAAACGUUACUCCAGGCGAUUUGGAGAAAGUCUUCAAUGACCACAAGAUCUCCUUCAGUGGUCAGUUUCUGGUGAAAUCGGGCUAUGCCUUUGUGGAUUGCCCUGAUGAGCAAUGGGCUAUGAAAGCCAUCGAAACUUUUUCUGGGAAAGUGGAGCUACAUGGAAAACAGCUAGAGAUUGAACAUUCAGUACCCAAAAAGCAAAGGAGCCGCAAAAUUCAGAUAAGAAAUAUCCCACCCCAGCUACGAUGGGAGGUGUUGGAUGGUUUGCUAGCUCAGUAUGGUACUGUAGAAAAUUGUGAACAAGUGAACACAGACAGCGAGACGGCCGUCGUCAACGUCACCUAUUCAAACCGGGAGCAGACCAGACAGGCGAUCAUGAAACUGAAUGGGCACCAGCUGGAAAACCAUGCACUGAAAGUCUCCUACAUCCCUGACGAACAGUCCAUGCAGGGGCCUGAGAAUGGGCGGCGGGGUGGCUUCGGCACACGGGGGGCCCCCAGGCAGGGCUCGCCCGUCGCUGCAGGAGCGCCCGUAAAGCAGCAGCCGGUGGACAUCCCACUCCGACUCCUGGUGCCCACGCAGUACGUGGGGGCCAUCAUCGGCAAGGAGGGGGCCACCAUCCGCAACAUCACCAAGCAGACGCAGUCCAAAAUCGACGUGCACAGGAAGGAGAACGCGGGAGCAGCGGAGAAAGCCAUCAGCAUCCAUUCCACCCCCGAGGGCUGCUCCGCGGCCUGCAAGAUGAUCUUGGAGAUUAUGCAGAAGGAGGCAAAAGACACCAAGACAGCUGACGAGGUUCCCUUGAAGAUCCUGGCCCAUAAUAACUUUGUGGGGCGGCUGAUCGGCAAGGAGGGGCGGAACCUGAAGAAGGUGGAACAGGACACGGAGACGAAAAUCACCAUCUCGUCUUUGCAGGAUCUGACUCUCUACAACCCUGAAAGGACGAUCACGGUGAAGGGCUCCAUCGAGAACUGCUGCAAAGCCGAGCAGGAGAUCAUGAAGAAAGUGAGGGAAGCGUACGAAAACGACGUGGCUGCCAUGAGCCUACAGUCUCAUCUGAUCCCCGGCCUUAACCUGGCUGCUGUCGGACUCUUCCCGGCGUCUUCUAACGCGGUGCCGCCGCCUCCAAGCAGCAUCUCCGGGGCAGCGCCAUAUAACUCCUUCAUGCCCCCAGAGCAAGAGACGGUGCACGUCUUCAUCCCCGCGCAGGCAGUCGGCGCGAUCAUCGGCAAGAAAGGACAGCACAUUAAACAGCUCUCCAGAUUUGCGAGCGCCUCCAUCAAGAUCGCGCCACCCGAGACACCGGAUUCCAAAGUGCGCAUGGUUAUAAUCACUGGACCACCAGAAGCUCAGUUCAAGGCACAAGGACGAAUUUAUGGCAAACUCAAGGAGGAAAACUUUUUUGGGCCUAAAGAAGAAGUGAAGCUGGAGACGCACAUUAGGGUCCCUGCCUCAGCCGCAGGGAGAGUUAUUGGCAAAGGAGGCAAAACUGUCAAUGAACUACAGAACCUGACGGCAGCAGAGGUGGUGGUGCCGCGGGACCAGACGCCUGAUGAGAACGAGCAAGUCAUUGUAAAAAUCAUUGGACACUUCUAUGCCAGCCAGAUGGCGCAGCGCAAGAUACGCGAUAUCCUGGCCCAGGUGAAACAGCAGCAUCAGAAGGGACAGAGCGGCCAGACGCAAGCGCGGAGGAAAUAAGAGCAGCUAGCACGCAACGACUGUGACAAAAAUUGGAAAAUGAAUGAGUCGAUGCCGGGCUUAAGAGUGGCUGGGAAUCAGUUACCGUAGACAGAUGAUAACUUUUCAUGACCAGAUUGAGAUUAAAAGGCAGUUUGAUUGGCUUCCAAGGUAGAUGCCUACAUUUAAAAAAAAACAAAACAAAAAACCCCCUGGAUCAAUUAGAUAAACAAUCUAUAUGUCGCAAAGGCUGCUUAAAUGAAGCAACAUGUGCUGCGGUGUGUGUCACCCCCAACACCCUCUUGCUGCUGUGAUUGGCCAGCGCCCAGCAAUGGAGGUUCCACCAUCCCUUGCCGCAGCGCUGCAGUGAAUCUAGUGCGUAGCAAUUAAAAUUGGAAACAGUCCGUCCCCUCCUACCCCCUGCACUGCAGCAGAUGCAACAUAGAUGCUCAUUUAAGUUGACUUUUGUGGGCCAGUCCACCCCAAACUUGUGGUGCCAUCAUACCCUUCGUAGAAGAGUUCCAGGGUGCUGCUUUCUGGCCACCACGUUACACAUAGAUAUGAGACUGAUUAAAAACAAACAGAAAAAAAUUCUUAGAGCAAAGUAACUUUUCUUAGUGCUGAUUUUAGAAAUUCCAACAGAUAGGAUGGUUCCUACUCCCAUUCGCAGUAAAAUCUAGCGUGGGUGAAGGUUUUAGAACAAAAUGGACUCGGAUAACACCGGAACCCUGCACUGAUCAGUCUUAGAACAUCCGAGAACGUGAUGGAGGAGAGAGACCUCUCUUCCAUUGUGUACCAAACUCAGUGCAAUGACUUUGCAAAGCCUUAUAAGACAGGAGAGCAACUAUAUUUUCCAGGAUGACUUUUUUUUUUUUUUUUAAACUAAGCCUAUGAAAUGAUUGCAGAAUUGGGGAGAAGUGUCAAGGCUAACCCUAGCACAGGCAAACCUAAACAGUAACCCUUCUGGGUGAUCAGCACUGGAAAGAACCAGGCACGACGCCCCAUCCUACCAAGUGACGCUAUUCACAAGAAUGAAAUCACCCGAGGAAAAAAGUUUUGGUCCCUCCCUCUUUUAAACAAUGACACCCCCCACCCAAAAAAAUUGCUUUGUAGGAAACAUGAUUAAAUCUUCCUCUAUUUAAUAAUCAUCUUAUUUAAAAAAAAAACUAAGGCCAGGAUUUUUAAUCAACCCUGAGAGUGUUGGGUGUCCAACUGAAGAUAGCUCAGUGGUUUGAGCAUUGGCCUGCUAAACUCAGGGUUGUGAGUUCAAUCCUUGAAGGGGCCAUUUAGGGAUCUAGGGCAAAAAUCUGUCUGGGGAUUGGUCCUGCUUUGAGCAGGGGGUUGGACUAGAUGACCUCCUGAGGUCCCUUCCAACCCUGUGAUUCUGUGAAGGCAGGGCUUCACACCUCAAGAGGCCAAAAACUGCAAGCUCCUAUAGAAAUGAAUUGACAGGCUCAUGCCUGGGAGGCAGUGCUGUCUAGUGGAUAGAUCACUGCUCUAAGACAGGACACUUGUAUUCUAUUCCAGCAGUUCUCAACCAGGGAUCUGAGGCCCUCUCGGGGGCAGCGAGCAGGUUUCAGGGUGUCUACCCAGCAGGGCCAGCGUUAGACUUGCUGGGGCCGAGGGCAGAAAGCCGAAGUCCCACCACGUGGGGCUGAAGCCGAAGCCUGAGCAACUUAGCUGCGUGGGGCCCCGGGCAACUGCCCGGCUUGCUACCCCCUAACACCGGCCCUGGAUUUCAUAUGCAGAAAAACAUUUGUUGUGGCACAGGUGGGCCGUGGAGUUUUUACAGCAUGUUGAAGGGGCCUCAGAAAGAAAAAGGGUGAGAACUCUUGUUCUAUUUCCCACUCUGCAAGUAGCCUGGUGGGUAACCUUGGGGAAGUGUUUAUGCCUCAGUUUCCCCAUCUACAAAUGGAGAUAAUGAUGCUUACCUCCUUUUGUAAAUGCUUUGACAUCUACUAAUGAUAAAAUCUAGGUAUUAUUAUUAUUAUUAUUAUUACCAUCAUCAGGCACCUGCUCGCUUCACUGCAGACAGCAGGCAUCCAAUGGGAUUUGAGCACCCACUUCCCACUGGCCUCUGAAAAUUGCAGCCUAAACCGAAAAGGAUAGAAUCUUUGAAAACACCCAGGGAAGGUUUAUAAGCUAACUAGGAACAAGGAUCCCAAUUCAAAUACACUCUCCUGGGGUUAUUUGUCUUUUACUUUUCCCUUUAUUCUCUCCAGGUGGUGGGGGAAUUCCUGAAAUUUGGCACAUUAAAAAAAAAAAAAAAAAGUAAACCCGCAAGCAAAACUUUUCUGCAGUAAAAAAUACCUUCUUUUCAUGAGACAAAACCAAAUAUAUACGUCAAAAGAAUGUAAUAUGGUU